AUGCACUUCCAUCUGAUGGCCACUGGGCUGCUUCAUUCUACUCAGCCUAGUACACUCAUUCACGACGCGAGCACCAACUUCGGCAAGUCAACUGAUGACUACACCUGCAUAUUGAACCGCCAGUUCGCCGCCGAGAUGUUCGAACGUCUCUCUGCCCGCGAAGUGCGAGACAUGGUUUACUUCCAUCUCAUGGGUGGCGCUCCAGAUGUCAGCAUCAUUCAACGCGAGAAAGACCUGCCCGAUAACGAAGGGAACAAGUACUACUUCCACAUUGACCACAGUGACCGUCGCGGCCAGGCUCGCGGCCUUGACAACAAAUUUGAGCACUUCUUCAGGGAGAAGUACAUGGGAAAGGAGUUUGUGGUCGAACUCGCGGAAUAG